AAGGGGGCGUUGUGAGAGAUGUUCAUUAAAUCUUCUUACCUGCCUUCAUUCAUUGCUCACUCCUUCACUUCUCUACCAUUUCAGCCCUUUAAAUUCACUUCCUUCUCCACCUCCUCCAACACCUGCUAAUCAGGCAACAAAUGGCUCAAAUUCUACCAAAUUUCUCCAGCUCUGUGAAGCUCAAGUAUGUCAAACUCGGCUACCAAUACCUCGUCAACCACAUUCUUACCUUCUUGCUCAUUCCAAUCAUGCUUGGAGUGUUCCUGGAAAUCCUCCGUUUGGGCCCUGAAGAGAUCCUUCUCCUCUGGAAUUUUCUCCACUUCGACCUCGUCCAGGUUCUUUGCUCCUCGUUUCUCGUCAUUUUCAUCGCCACCGUCUACGUCAUGUCCAAGCCCCGAUCCAUUUAUCUCGUUGAUUACUCCUGUUAUAAGCCUCCUGUCACCUGUCGGGUCCCUUUCUCCACGUUCAUGGAGCAUUCCAGGCUGAUUCUCAAGGACAAUCCCAAGAGCGUAGACUUCCAAAUGCGGAUUCUUGAAAGAUCUGGCUUGGGGGAAGAAACCUGUCUCCCACCAGCUAUACACUAUAUUCCUCCCACGCCGACGAUGGAGGCCGCCAGGGGUGAGGCUGAGGUCGUGAUUUUCUCCACCAUUGAUUCUUUGAUGGAGAAGACGGGAAUCAGGCCCAAAGACAUUGAUAUUCUUAUAGUUAAUUGCAGCCUGUUUUCUCCUACUCCGUCGCUUUCAGCUAUGGUGGUGAACAAGUACAAGUUGAGGAGUAAUAUAAAGAGUUUCAAUCUGUCCGGCAUGGGCUGCAGUGCUGGGUUGAUUUCCAUCGAUUUAGCCAGGGAUUUGCUCCAGGUUCACCCCAAUUCUAACGCGCUGGUUAUCAGCACUGAAAUUAUUACUCCCAACUACUACAAGGGCUCGGAGCGGGCUAUGCUCCUCCCCAACUGCCUCUUCCGCAUGGGCGCCGCCGCCAUUCUCCUCUCCAACAAGCGGCGGGACAGCGCCCGAGCCAAGUACAAACUAGUUCACGUCGUUCGGACCCACAAAGGGGCCGAUGACAAGGCUUACAGAUGCGUGUACGAGCAAGAAGACCCGGAAGGAAAAGUGGGCAUAAACCUGUCGAAAGACCUGAUGGUGAUCGCCGGAGAAGCCCUGAAAUCGAACAUCACAACCAUCGGCCCGUUGGUCCUCCCAGCUUCCGAGCAACUCCUCUUUCUCUUCACACUGAUCGGCCGGAAAAUGUUCAACCCCAAAUGGAAACCUUAUAUCCCUGACUUCAAACAAGCCUUCGAGCACUUCUGCAUCCACGCCGGCGGCCGGGCAGUCAUCGACGAGCUCCAGAAGAACCUCCAGCUUUCUGCUGAGCACGUGGAGGCAUCCAGAAUGACGCUCCACCGCUUCGGCAACACGUCAUCAUCUUCGCUUUGGUAUGAAAUGAGUUACAUCGAGGCGAAAGGGAGGAUGAAGAAGGGCGAUAGGGUGUGGCAGAUUGCUUUCGGGAGUGGAUUCAAAUGUAACAGUGCGGUCUGGAAGUGUAACAGGACCAUCAAGACGCCGACAGACGGGCCCUGGCAAGACUGCAUUGAUAGGUACCCGGUGCACAUCCCAGAAAUUGUGAAGCUCUGAUGAUUCCAUGUAUACAUAAACAGAGCUACACAUACACAUACAUAUAUAUAUGUAUUCAUAAGCUGAAACCUGGUGUUUUUCAAAUUGUUCAUGUUUCCUGGUAAUUCAGCAGUAGAUUUUCCAGGUUUUUUUUUUUUUCUUUUUCUUUGAUGAAAUUAAUGUGUUUGCAGAAAGUAUACCUAAAUCUAUAUCUAUAUAUGCAUGCAUUUACUCCAGGACUGCAUGAGCAGGUCUGAGACAUACAUCUCUAAUUUACUUGUAAUUUUUCUGGUAAACGUCGAGAUUGGUUAAUUAUAACUUAUACCUUCA